AUAAUAGUAAUAAUAAUAUUUAAGUAAUUGACAAGAUGCGCAGCUUGUUUUCGAAUCGUUACGGCAAUAAACGUCGGGAUUUUUACGAGCGUUAUGAAGCAGCUAGGAAACUUCAUCCUAGUUUGCCCCUGUACGAGCGUCCACGGGAACCGGCCGAGCUGCAGGUUUUUAACCAGCAGACCACCAACCGUCGUCGCUACUUAUCCUAUCGCCAGAUGGCCAACCAGUCGAGGGAGCAACUGGAUAACGACACCUGGCUAUCGAGCCAUCUACUGCCCAUUGUGGUGCGUCGCAAUAUCGAGGGCAGGAACCGCAGGCUCCGGAUGCCGCGCUUCAAUCCGGCAGCGGCCACCCAUGAGUUCAGCCACAAUGGCAAACCGCGAAGGGGUCGUCCUCCAACGGCGGCCACCGUGGCCAAAUUCGCUUCGGAUUUUGCCGUUCAAGUAGGGGGCUUUCGCAUUUCCGAGGAUGACAGUGAGUCCCCGUCUUCAUCUUCGUCGUCGUCUUCUUCGUCGGAGGAGGAAGAGGAGGCGAUGGAAAUGGAAAUGGUUAAGGAGUUGGAGCAGUUCUCAAAGGACUCGGAAGACAAAGAAAACAUGGGUUCUAUGAUCGAUUCAAAAAACUCGAAUCGUAAUUUAAACGGGAACGAGAACGUUAACCAGCAGGCUAACAACCUUAACCACAACAUGAACCAGCAAGUUAACCGGAACUUUAACCAGAACUUUAACCGGAACCGUAUCCGGAACUUUUAUCAUAACUUUAUACCGGAUUUAAACCAAAACUUUAACCAGAACUCAAACGAUUCUCCUAAUUCGAGCCAGCUCCUGCCCCGAAAUUCGAAUCAGAAUUUAUUUUUUGUCCAACAUCCGAACCAAUUACAGGCUCAGUAUCAAGCGCCGUUUACCGACGAUGACGAGGAGAACACUCCAUCCAUGUUGGCUGUAAGCCCGACUUCCCGAUCUUUUAUUUGCCCUAUUGAAAGCUGCAAGCAAAUCUUUGGGCUACGGCGUGCUUUGUACAAGCAUCAGCGCGAGGAAGGGCAUCACAACUGGUCACACAAGUGCGGCCAGUGUGGCCAGAUCUUCCGCACAGCGGGCUUCAAACGCAUGCACUCCAGCAAAGCCUGCGAGCGCAAUCUGCUGAAGUUCAGAAUCUCAAAACCGAAUGAAAUUAAGCAACUUUUGCGAAGAACAAUGCCAGAAUAAAUCUGUCCUACCUCCUCAC